UACAUAUGUUGUAGGCCUCAGAAGUCCUCCUAUUUCACCGCUCGUUCUCUCGCUCCAUUUUCUUUACCUUUCUCUUGACGUUGGAUCGAAAUCGGAGAAAGUAAACCAACGAAAAUGGCGGAUGUGUUGGAGAAAUCUGUGCCGACGGAAGAAUCUCUGAUUGAGAAGAUUGCCGAGAAGAUCCACGAUCACGAUUCUUCGUCGUCGUCUGAGUCCGAGCACGAGAAACCGGACUCUCCCUCGGCUUUGAAGGCGAAGAUUUAUCGUUUGUUCGGGAGAGAAAAACCUGUUCACAAGGUUCUCGGUGGUGGAUUGCCUGCUGAUGUGUUCUUGUGGAGGGACAAAAAACUCUCAGCCGCUGUUCUUGGCGUAGCGACUGCCAUAUGGGUUCUGUUUGAACUGGUUGAAUAUCAUUUUUUGAGCCUUGUGUGUCACAUUUUGAUAUUCGCUCUCGCAGUCCUGUUUUUACUAUCCAAUGCUCAUGCCUUUAUGAAGAAGAGUCCACCUAAAAUUCCUGAAAUCCAUAUUAAGGAGGAACAUUUCCUUUUGAUUGCUUCUGCACUGAGAAACGAGCUGAACCAGGCCUUUGUUAUUCUAAGGAGCAUUGCGUUAGGAAGGGACUUGAAGAAAUUUCUGAUGGUGGUUUUUGGACUGUGGAUAAUCUCGGUUGUGGGAAACUGGUUCAACUUCUUGACUCUUGUAUACAUCUGUUUUGUGGUGUUGCAUACAGUACCAAUGCUGUAUGAGAAACAUGAGGACAAGGUAGAUCCGGUGGCAGAGAAGACGUUGAAGGAGCUGAAGAAGCAUUACAUGGUGUUUGAUGAGAAGGUUCUUUCUAAGAUUCCAGUUGCUUCCCUCAAGGCAAAGUUGGGUUAGAGACUUUACAGUCAAGUAACCUCUCCCUCUUUAUUCUUUCCCUCCCCUUGACGUUUUUUGCUUUGUCUUGGGGGAAUUCUAUUUUGUAUUCGAGACCCGUAAAGAAAUUGUUACACACUGCUAUUACUUAUCUUCAUUUCUUUUAUCCUUGGGAAA